AUGGACCUUGCGAUACAGACAGAGCAACCCACUACUCCUACGGUUAUUAGCUCUCCUAAAAAGAAGGCCAAAUUUGAGAAAUGGGGUGUCGUGUGUGAAGACACCACCAAUGCUAAAGAUUACCUUGCAGAAAUUGAAAAGCGCUUUAUUAAAAGCGAUAAGGCUGAAACAAGCACUAUUCUUAAGAGCUUGAUUUCAAUGAAGUAUAAGGGAAAUGAUAAUAUAAGGGAGUACAUCAUAGAGAUGUCUAAUCUUGCAUCAAAACUUAAGGCACUAAAGCUUAAUUUGCAUGAGAAUUUACUUGUGCAUCUCAUUAUGAUUUCUCUUCUGGUUCAAUUCAACCACUUUAAGGAAGAGAGAUUAAAGCAAGAAAGGGCAGAAUGUGCUCAUCUAACAAGCACCUCUAAGGAUAAGGGAAGGAAAAGGAAGAAUGUUGAUGUUGCUCAGGGUCCAAAUACAAAGAAAAAGGUUAACAAUGACUGUUUCUUUUUGCAAUAA